AUGUCCGUUUCUACUUUUCAGAAGAUCACUUUCCUGUCAUGCCUCGUCCUCUGUGUGUCCUUAUUUCUACCCAAAAUACUUUUUUCUACAGGGAAGAAAGACAUUGUCCAAUCAAAGGUCAAAGUUAGUUCUGGACAUGCACCGCCUCUGAGAUACAGCCAGCUGUUCUUAGAUGAUGAUGUUCGGUGGCAGACUGAGAUGGAGAAUACCAGACCAUACAACCCUGAGCUCGUAUCCAAGGUGACAGGUUCUGGAAAGCCCCCCCUUCUUGGCCAGGUCAUUCCUGUUUAUGGAUUUGGGAUCUUUCUCUAUAUAAUCUACAUAUUCUUCAAGCUCACACACAAAGACACACCUCCCCGCAAGCAAGAAUGCACAGUCCCCAUCUUACCACCAGAAACCACAAUACAGGCAACACCCGACUCUGAAAAGGCUCUGCUUCAGGCCAGACUGAUGGAGGGGGUGAGAAGGAAGAGAGCAUCGAAAUCUCUCCUUCUGCCUAACAGGGCUCAGAGACCCAGUCUCCAGCGAGAGGAAAGGAAGAUCACGUGUGUGAUGCUAGAUGGAUGGCCACUAGAGGGCGUGUCCCCUGAGAUGGAAGCUGAGGAAACCCCCUAUACCUUAGGCUGGGAGGGUUACUCAGAAGAAACCUUUCCGCGAGUGUCAUUCUGUGGACGGCAUCGAUAUCCAAGCAUUAUACUGGAGGAGCCAGACAUAGAUGCACCUACUGCUGAGCAACUGGCUGAGAGAAUAGAAGAGGAGAAGUAUGACAGUGAAGAUGAUGGUGAGGAGGAAGAGGAGGAGGUCAAAAAAGACAAGGAAAUGACGAAGAACAGGCUGGGUGAAGACAAGGUAGAUGCUACUGAGAACAGUCCUAUACAGCUGAAAGGUGAUGAUGAUGAUGAUGAUGAUGAUGAUGACAAAACCGAGCAGGAAGAAGAACAAGAAGAAGAAUCCUGUGAACCUGAUUAUGAAGAAGAUGAACAACCAGAAACUGAAGAACGUAGAGCAAAGAUGGUAGAAGUAGAAUUAGAAGGUGAUGAUGAUGAUGGACUAGCAGAUAUAGAGCAAGAAGAGGAGGAAGAGUAUAAAGAGGAAGAAGUGAGAGAAGAACAGCCUUGUCUGCCUCAUACAGUUGGUGAAGAGGAAGGGGGAAAUUCUCUAGUAGGAAGGAAGGACAAGAAGCGGAUUACCUUCAGUGAUCACAAACACAUCUUCCACUAUCUCCAAGGAAGCUUUACUGGCUGUGAGCAUGAUGAGGGUGUACAGGAAUGUGCUAAUGAAAAUGACACAGAAGAUGAUGUUAUAGAUGAGGAGGAGGAGGGUGAGGAUGAUGAUGACGAUGAUGAUGAUGAUGAUUUGGAGGAGGAGGAUAAUCAAGAUGAAGAACAAAAGGAGGUGCUGGGGAAAGAAGAGGAUGACCCGCUGAUGGAGGCCGAGAGUCUGGGCUUCAGCGCUGAGGUGGAAUGGGCUCCUGAAGAACAGGACAUUGACCUAGUUGACUUUCUCCUUACGUACCAACCACACUCUUCCAUUACCCGGAACCAGCCAGCACCAGCCAGCCCUGAAGAUCCAUCAUCAGGGAUCCUCAGAAUGUGCCACAAGCAAUAGAAAAAAGCAAAACUGAGCUCUGUCUCUCUUUCAAAACUGAGCUCUCACUUUCUCUUUCUCUGA